CACAAUUUAGUCUUCAAAGAUGCCCUACCCUUCUAAUUCGUGAAAUCUUCUUCUCUAAUCUUUCUUUUCUCACUGCAAAAGCAAAUUUUAAGUUUCAAUGGAGACUCCAUCGUCCACAGCAAGAAGAGUCACAAGAUCCCAAACCGCCUCCAACAACAUUCCCCUCUCAAGAAAAAAGAACGAGGACUCGGAAAUGGCUAUGUCUAAAACCCGCCAAAGAAGCGGCAUGCAGAACCAGGAUCGGAGCGCCCUCGUUGACAUAUCGAACGAUUCUCCGAUUGUGGGGCUUGCAAACGGCAACGACAUUGAAACCCCGUUGUCCUCUAUAAUGAAGCAGAAGAGGGUGAAGAAUACGCCGGGUUCAGGAGAGGCUUUGCUGAGGGGUCAGGUGAAGACCCUUUUGCAGAAAGUGGAGGAAGAGGCUGUGAUUUCGAAACUCACCAUGGAAGUUGUUUCGCCCUUUCUUCAACUCGUUAAUUCCCCCAUGUCACUUCUUGCACCCACUCCUGCGAACACUCCUCAGGUUCCCAAUCUUUCUUGUCCCAACGGUGAUGCUUUGGCUUUGGUGUCGCCUCCUUCUUGCGUAAUCGAAGAGCAAUUGAUCUCUAGGGUUGUGAAUGAAUCAUUUGAAAAGAACAAGGAGGAGGUUGAAGGUGAGAAGAGUGUGAUAACACGGUCCUUGCUGUUGGAUUUCUCGGACAAAUCGGAGGUGGUUUCGGAAUGCUCUUCUGAGGUGACUUAUCAGGAAGUGAUACAUGGAAGUGGAGGAUCAACUGAAGAUGAUGGUGCUUCUGUUUGGUCGAUGCAAGUGAAUGCUGCAAGCACACAGGAUGAAGAUGAUGUGGAGGAGGAAGAAGGAAAUUAUUACGAGGAUGCUGAAGAGGAUGAAGAGUGUUACGACAAUGAAGAAGAUAGUGAUGGAGGGUUGUUACUUGAUGAACUGUGUGCUGGGUUGAACAACAUCAGUGUGAAUGAAAAAGGUUGUGGGAAGCACACAAGGUUUGUUUACGACAGUGAGGAUGAGCUUGUGGAGAAAGUGGUGGAAUCUUGUGGUUCUUCUGGGGUUAUGCAUUUGAAGGGGUUGCCAACACCCGAAGGAAAGCACCUUCGUUUCCCUGAGGAGGAAGAAGAUUGUAGUUUGUGAUUUUCAUUGAUGAUGAUGAUGCUGUGAUGUCUUUCUUGACACCACCCUGCUGUUUGGUUAGCCAUUGUUUUGUUCCUGAAUCUGAUCAGGAAGUUAUUAAUGCUCCAAUGAAAUUGUUACUUUUCAUUUAUCAAUAAACUUUGGUGGAUUAAAAUUUAUGUUUGCA